AUGUCAGAGCCUACUAUGAACACCAUGGAGCACAGCUCUACCGAUCCCAAUAUCUCCUCUGGCAAACGCAAGCGAGAAGUCAUGGAUACUGGUGAUGUCCAGCGUCUUCGCUCUGCACAUGGGGGCCCAAAUAACUUCGAUGUCAACAUCCAGGCCACUGAUAACUACGGCUAUGAUGCUCAUGGCAUGCCUAGCAACACCACUGACUUGAGCCACAUCGACCAGCAACUGCUCCAGGCCGUCGGUAACCAGAAUGGUGUUUCUGAUGACAAUGCUAUGACUGCUAAAGCGGCACUCGCUGCUCACCAGCCCGAGUCCAAGUACCCGCCUCCCGAGCCGUCCUUUGAUAACAACGGCCUCGGAAACAACCUCUCCUUCGGCCAGGAUGUCGGCCAGGUUUCCAUGGGACCCGUCCAGAGCCACACCUCUACCGCCGCUGCAGUUUAUGCUGCUCGAGAAGCUCAGGCUCAGGCUGCCCAGCAAAUCAGUCCCAAGCCAACCGUCGGAUCUGCCGAGUGGCACCAGGUUCGAAAGAACAACCACAAAGAAGUCGAGCGCCGUCGCCGUGAGACCAUCAACGAAGGUAUCAAUGAGAUCGCCAAAAUGGUUCCUGGCUGCGAGAAAGCCAAGGGCUCGAUCCUCCAGCGCGCCAUCCAGUACAUCGCCAAGCUACAGGAAGAUUCCAAGGAAAUGGCCGCUCGGUUCGACACUACCAACAUGACCACAAACCAGGCCAUUACCGAGAUCAGCGCUCAGAACGCCAAGCUCAAGAAUGAAGUCAACCUCCGCAGCGACAUUGCUUCCAAAUGGAUCCAGCGUUGUCGUGAUGCUGGUCUCAGCUUCGACGACUAUGAUGAUGAAAAGAGCCUGACCAAGCUUCCCGUCGACGAGUCUCACAAUAUCUAA